GACUGCCUUGCCUUCGUUCCCUUCCUCCACUAGGUCAUCCAAUGAAAUGAUGGACACGGAAGGCGGCAAAGAAACAAAUGGAUCGGCAACUUUUGCGCAGAAAAUGCAAGCAGUGAUGACUUCCUUGCCUUCGUUCCCUCCCCCCAUUAUGUUACCCGGCCGACCCACCCCUGCAUCUUCGCAGCAGCAGGAACCUCCACAAUCACCCUCGUUUAUCCCUUCCUCGCCUCCGGCUGAUAACGUUACAAAGCUCUGGGGUUUUCUGUCACCGAGAACCUCGAAUAGGACGAUAGAUCCUGACACCCUGUCUCUUCUGUCAUCAUUGGAUGCGUUUCAGUCGCCACGCGGUAAGGAGUCGGCAGGUGGCUUAGCCUCCCCCACGAAGAGCACGAACACCAUGUUGGACUGCGUAGACGAUAACAAUUCUGUGAUGGUCUAUGGCCCAUUGGAGCCCGACGAUGUCUCAGAGGUGGAAAUCGCCUGCUCAGAGAUCGUCUCCGUGUAUGGGGAUGGAGAAGAAAUACGCACGCCGCAACCUCGUUUCAUUCCCCUCCCAGCCGAGUCCAUCGAGCAGGUGUUGAUGGCGGCGAGUGAAAUCUCAGACAAUGGAAAAGGAAAGGAAAGGGAGUCCGUUGAUAAUUCUAGUCUAACACAAUGGGUCCCCCCUAACGAGUCCUGGAAGAGUCCGUUGUCAAAGAGUGGCCAGCUUCCAGAGAAGGAGUACCGUGUCUGGGUCCCAUCGCUCACAAAAAUAUCUGUGCAGACUAUGUGGUGGGGAUUUAGGAUAUAUCUUCCUCCUCCGGUUCUAGACAUACUAAACAACAAACAACUUCAAGCCGCAAAGCGCGCUGCAAUAAUUACCGGUGCGCUCAAAUGGCUCAUGGACCACAUUCCUCUACCGUUGCUACCUCCGCAAAUGCGACCAGCUGUGAUGGUAUUGCGUCGACUUGUGCCCUACCUCGGAUACGUCGGCGGUUUUAUUGCCUGGAGUUGGUCUGCAGUCAAGUCUUUCGAUAAAGGUCAUGGCGUUGUUCUUACAGCGACAUGGCUCCUCCCAAUAGCACUCAUUCCUGGCACAUGGGAAGCGGACAAAUUUCCGGAUUUGAAUAUGGGUUCUCCAUCGGUCUAGACGGCUUCUACGUCUACGAGAUUUCAUCAUGAUUGAUUCUUACGAUGUGGUACUUGCGGUAUCUAUUGUGGGCGGAGUGUAUUUGUAUGUCAACGCUUUUCGAUUCUCAACACAGAUACCCGAGGGCCUAUGGCUGAUUCUAGGAUGCUUGGUGUAGUGCACUACAGGCUUGCACCACUAGACUGAUCUAGCCGUUCUUUAUUUAAAGACGUAAGCUAUAAUCGGAAUGUCCACUCGGAUGCGCUUCAUUAUAACAUUCACCCUAUCGGAUUUGAACGCUGAGCGAGCAUACAGCUUUUCUACAUAUCAGUUUUCGGGGUUAACCCAUCCUAGUAUGACGCUGCAUCUGUAACAUUAAACAAACAAAAAUAAAACAGC